GUUGGCUCAUUUCCCGAGAUCCGCAGGAGGAGCCGCGUACCUACGUUCUCCCAGGCUGUAGCGGUCUGCCGGAGCGAUGCCGCUUCCCGACACCAUGUUCUGCGCGCAGCAGAUCCACAUUCCCCCGGAAUUGCCUGACAUCCUGAAGCAGUUCACCAAGGCUGCCAUCCGCACCCAGCCCACCGACGUGCUGCAGUGGUCCGCGGGGUAUUUUUCAGCUCUGUCAAGAGGAGAUCCACUUCCUGUAAAGGAUAGAGUCGAGAUGCCUGUGGCAACCCAGAAAAUAGACACAGGCCUGACCCAGGGACUGCUGAAAGUCCUGCACAAGCAGUGUCGCCACAAGAAGUAUGUGGAAUUAGCAGAACUUGAGAAGAAGUGGAGAAAUCUGUGCCUGCCAAUGGAGAGAUUGAGAGCUCUCCUAGUACUGGAUCAUUGCGAAACGGAAAUCGAGUGGAUAAAAUUUUUAGCAUUGGGAUGCAGUUCACUUGGUGGGUCGCUGAACACGGCCAUGAAGCACGUCUGYGAGAUCCUCACCCAGGACCCUGAGGGUGGGCCUGCGCGGAUCCCGUUCGAGACGUUUUCCUUUGUCUACCGCUACUUGGCUGGGUUGGAUCCAGACAUCAUGGAGAUGGAUGUGGAAUCCUAUCUUAUGGGUUUAAAGGAAAGCGUAGACUCUAGAAAGAAUGGCAUGAUAGGACUUUCGGAUUUCUACGUUCCAAAGAAGAAACUUUCUUGAAGAGAAAGCUCUGAAGACACAGGCUGUUAA